GCUCUGACAAGUUACUGCACUUGAAUAUGAAAAUAGCAAAAUCACAGGAGACCGUGUGCUAUUGAAAAUAGGCCUUCAAAGAGGAGUAACAGCCAGGAACCCAUAAGCACAAAGUGAUGCGGGAGGGAGGCGCUGGCCCCACGCCACGCCGCGCCCCGCCCCGGCCCCGCGCAGCCCCGGGCCGCGGAGUUGCGCGGAUCGGCGCGGAGCAGCGCGGAGCGGCGAGGAGGCGGGGCGCUGCGAUGUGCAGGAUGUCGUUCAAGAAAGAAACACCACUUGCCAAUGCUGCAUUUUGGGCUGCAAGAAAAGGAAACCUGGCUCUCCUGCAGCUGCUGCUGAACAGUGGGCGAGUAGAUGUGGACUGCAAAGACAGCCUUGGCACAACAGCUCUGAUGGUAGCAUCUUACUAUGGCCACAUAGAUUGUGUACGGGAAUUGGUGUUGCAAGGAGCAGAUAUCAAUCUGCAGAGAGAGUCAGGUGCAACUUCUCUGUUCUUUGCUGCACAGCAAGGCCACAAUGAUGUAGUGAAGUUUCUCUUUGAAUUCGGAGCCUCCACUGAAUUUAAGAAUAAAGACGGAGGUACUGCUCUUCUAGCUGCUUGUCAGUACGGGCAUGCAAAAGUAGUAGAAACUCUGUUGAAGCACGGUGCCAACAUUCACGAUCAACUUUAUGAUGGAGCUUCUGCAAUUUUCCUGGCAGCACAAGGAGGCUAUCUGGAUGUCAUCCGAUUGCUGCUUUCUUCAGGAGCAAAGGUUAACCAGCCACGGCAGGAUGGGACGGCUCCCUUGUGGAUUGCAUCGCAGAUGGGUCACAGCGAAGUGGUGCGAGUAAUGCUGCUCCGGGGCGCCGAGCGAGACGCCGCGCGGGACGACGGUACGACUGCUUUACUGAAGGCUGCCAUUAAAGGGUACAACAAUGUGAUAGAAGAAUUGCUGAAAUUCUCUCCCACACUUGGCCUGCUGAAGAACGGGACCUCUGCUCUCCACGCGGCCGUGCUGAGCGGCAACGCGCGGACAGUGGCGCUGCUCCUCGAAGCAGGAGCGGACCCGUGCCUGAGGAACAAGGCAAACGAACUGCCAGCAGAACUAACAAAAAAUGAACGCAUCCUCCGACUCCUUCGCACAAAGGAAAAGCAAAGGAAAAGCUAAUGCAGCCCUAUAGCAAAUGCAGUUUGACAGAGUUGAGCCCUGACCACGGUAGCAUGACAGUAACCUUAGGUUGCCCGAGAAGGGCUUGUCGGAACAGUUUGCAGAACUGAUUAGCCUCUCCAGUACACGCUCCCUGGAUGCACGAGGCCCUUGCCACGGGGUUGCCAUGGGCUGGGGCCUCCGCCUGGCAUCUCUGAACGCAGGACUGCGACGAGAGCAGGGUUUGGCCUGGGAGCUGUGUUUGCACUGCAGCCCUGCCUGUAGCCCAGGAUCCUGCCGGUCCCAGCACCGACGUUUGCUCCUCCAUGCCGGCAGCGUACGCUUCCCCGCACACGCAAGCCCUCUCGCCGUUUCAGACACGCGUCCCUGUACUGGUGUGGCCACACAUCUGUAACGGGUGCCUCAGGGUGCACGUGUGGGGCAGGAGUGCUCUGGCCAAAAGGAUAUCUGGACCUUGCAGCUGUUUGGAUGCAGUUGGUCCUGGAGAAGCCCCACUGUGCCACUGCCCUCCCUUUGCUGGCAGUGCUAGCUCAGACCGUUCCUCUCUACCUCCAAGUGCUGCAUGGAGCUAGAGGUGAGAUCCCACCCACGACAUCUCAACAGGAGAAGUCCUCCUGCCAGCCCAGGGCUUUGGUAACGUUUUGUCUACUACAUGAAGCUCCACAGAAAUGAUCCAGAACAUCACAAAUUAUGCCGAAAGCUGCCAACCAAAAAUAUGCAAGGAGAUGUCCUCCUCAGUUGUAGCAUCUUGAUCUGUCAAUCUGUCCAGCAACAGAAACAUAGUGGAGCAGCUGAUACCAUUUUGCAACACAUACACAGUGCUACAGGGAUCCAUCCCCAACCCUACAGUCUACGUACGUGCAUUUUUAGGGGUAGGGGAGGGCCAGUUAUGGAGCAAACCAACCAGGACAUAUCAUUCACUGGCACCAAGUACAUCAGAAAUUUAGCUGUUGAGCACAACAGCACAGAUGCUAUACAAGUGGUAUAUGUAUGUUCUGCACACGCAUAUAUGAGACACUAUGGUUUAGUACCCACAGCUACUAUGCAAUGCACUUGUUCCCCGGGUCUGUGACAGGACUUAAGGGAGAAGUGCGCAGUGUACAGGGGUUUCAGCAGCUGGUGAGAGGGUUACAUCUAGCCACACUUGAACGAGCCCACUAAUUAAUGCAGGCAUGUAAAAUGAACUCUCAACAGCAAUUUUGGCCUUUGUUGUGGUUGAGAUGCUUAGACGUGCUACUAGUGCCUGUGUGGGGAAGGCAGUGCAAAUUGUAGAUGGUUUGUGAAGAUUUGUUUUAACCGUGUUGCUGUAAGAGAACCCAUUAAAACCCAGUCAUUUUUGCAGUAUAAACAGUAUAUGCUACAUCCUGUUAAUCACAAAACAUUAGAGAUUGUUUUACAGUGAGUUGAGGCAUAAAGUUAGGUCAGUACCUAAAUCCAGGCACUUCACUUGCCUUCAAACCUUGGCAAAUUACUGAAAAAUUGCUUUAAAAGUUGAAGGCAGAGAAGAUCAUAAGGAGACAAAAUAUUCCCUGCUUAAAAAAUGUCUGUCUAGGAUUCAGCUGAACUGUUUGCUUCUGUGGGUUAAAAAAAAUCUUUUAGUGAGCUAGCACAAAUGAAUGCAGUUUAAUUAGUGCAAAUUAGCCAUAUAUAUUACUGAAUAAUUGUUAUUUUUUGUGAGUAAGUUUGGUAAGAAGUCGGGGUUCUGGUGAAGAGAACAGAAGUGGGCUCACUUUUGCUUGCAAGCUGGAAUUGCUAUUCAAUUUCUAUUCAGCAUUACAAAGAAAAGCUUUACGUUUUCCAACAGUACAAGGAGACACCAGAAAAAUAUAUUUGUUUCGGUAAUUCAAGCUGCUGUAUUUUUAAAUUUAAUGUUGUGCCUAACAGAAACUUGCAGACGAACUGGUACAGAACCAAAGAAUUAUGCAAGAUGCUUAGAGGAUUAUUGUAUUCAUGGUUAAAUUCUGCAAAGGACUAAAAAAUACUGAGCAUGCAGAAAUCUCAAGAGCCUUUUUGGGAACUUAAAUUGCACAGCAUUACAUGGGACGGGAUUUAACUUCUUUAACAAACAACAUUGGAGAGUACAGGUUUAUUUGGAGCCCCCAUUGGGUUGAAGAUGAACAUAUUGGUUUGGAGAGUGCUAGAGGAACUCUAAGCAAACUGGCCUCGAUAUUGAUCUUUCUCUCUAAAGUUUCUUCUGAUCAACAGCUGGGAACAAUCACAUUCUUAAAGUAAAAAGCCCUUUCACACUUGUAAAGAAGGAUAAUCAUUAGAAGGUCUUCAGUAGUCAUGCUGGAUGAGCAAUAAAUACUCUUAAUAUCAGACAGGCUGUAAUGACCAAGCAGUCUUCCUAAAAAAUGUGGAAGCAGCCACUGUUGGUUGGGGCCUCCUAUUUUUUUCCUGAUGGUGAAGCAUAGGAGAGAGGACAGGGCAAGGCAACAGUGGUCCUGUGACAGCUUACGUGAGCAAGCUGACAUGACAACAUGCAGAUAUCCAGUACCUGCAGGUGGCCUCUCCUUUCUGCCAGGUGUAUUUUCUUGUGAGGGUGGUCUCACCCCAAAGGAGGCAGCUACUCAGCAAAGAGGUCCUUCCUGAACUAUGCCUGUCCAUGGGAAGGUGCAUGUCUGCGCCCCACCAUUUAGAGUAGGACUUUCCAAGUUGUGUGUCCACCUGCCUCCGUGACUGGCCACCACAGCCGGGGCUCUCAUGCAACAAGCAUAGAACACUUGGGAUGCUGUGUCCCAGAAAGAGCAUCUGCUGACCUUCUCCUGAGAGGAUGCAGUUACCAGGUCCUCUUUUUCUGAGUGAUAAUGGGCUGUAACUGGCUUUUCCUCAUCCUAAACAAAAUUGGAAAUGUGAGGCUAGCACAGGUUGAAAGGAGGGGCUUGUAGCUGCCUCCUUGCUCUCAUUAGUGCUGGCUGAUAUGGCACACAGGCUCUGGGGGGGGCUCUGUGGUGGAGAACUGGCAGCAAAGUCUUUCUCUGCCCCAUUCAGGCUGAAGUUGGAUCUAGCUUCAGCAAAGACACUCUUCAGCCAAUAUGGGAUUUGUAGGCAUGGAAACCUUCCCCUUGGAAGCAUCUGUUUCAUCUCAGAGCCUUUGGGAAGAGGGCUGGCUUUAGUUUUGGGUUCCCUGUAACCAAAAGGUGCUUAUUCUGCUUGUGGAUGGGCUUGAAAGUUGCAAUACCGUUUCUCACCAUGCAGUUAACCUUUUCACAAAGAAACCUUAAUAAUUCUUAGUAUUUAUGUAGCUGCUGUUAUCUUUAAAGUGCUCAGUAAAUACUGCUGUGGUUUGUUUGUUGUUCUAAAACGGAAACCUGCGUUUCCUUUGUGGCUGAAGUGGUUCACUAAUAUUGACAGUAGUUCUUUGCAUAGUUGUUGUGCCUUUUGUGCAAGGCUUUCAAAGUGCUCUGCAGACACUAUUACCUUUGUAAGUUCCAAAAUUCAUUUCAGAGGGAGACACAGAAAUAGAUGAUUUCACUCACAGAGCAGUGAAAUGCAGCAGCUGUUCAUCAGUUCAUGUCAACAGAUGAGUAAAUUUAGACUAGAAAUUAAGGGGCACCACAUCCAUUUCAUAGAUGUCAGGAUGAAGGUAGGUACCGUAUAACUAUGUGAAAUAGAACUGAGACAGGACAACAGGCCAAAUUGGGUUUUGGGUUGGGUUUUGGGGUUUCUUCUCCCCAAAGCCUGCCAUAUCUAUAUCCAUCUUACACCCCCAAAAAAUCAGCUCCACUAGCACACUGCUUUAGGCCUACCUCUUGGCACAUUCAGCCCCCGGGGCCCAGCCUGCUGUCCUCUCCACCUGGGAUUUACACAGGUGCUAUAGCCUGCUGACUCCCCAUCAGCUGCAGGUGAGCACAAAGGGUGUGCAACCAAGAACAGGCUACACAAAUGAGUCAAUGAAAAGUAUAGGGCAUCUUUCUUUUAUUUCACCAGUAUCAAACCAUUGUAGGAUGGGGAUGAGCACAAGGAAAGGCCUUUGGGGUAUAGAGAGAAGUGUCAUCCCAUCACUGACAUGGUAGUGGUAUAGCCUGAGGUCGCAAAUACACAGAGCUCUUAAUUUAGAUGAUCACUGCAGUGCAGUGUGUGGGGACAUCUAUUUAGUAAUGAUACAAAAGGCAGUGUUGUACCUCCUGACAUGCACAUGCCAUUUUUCCCCUGGAGCAAAACCAUCUCACUAUUGAUCCACCCACAUGUGUUUAGUUUAGGAGAGCUGAGAGGAUUAGAGCACCAGUUCAAACAUCUGCAGGUCAUAUUUAAUGCACUUUAAUGACAAUGAUUAUUUGCCUCAGAGUCAGAGCCUACUUGUAAGAAUAAUUUACGCUUCUUUGUUCGGCCAGUCAUGGUGAUUAUUGGGAAAUCCGUAAAUAAACCAAAUCUUGUGUUGUCUCAGAAA